AUGUCGCCAUCCAUGGAUUCGAUCUCUGCCGGACUUUCCACGCAAAUACUGGAUUCUCAAAAUGUUGGCGGCAUUGUAAGGCUAAAGAAUAACAUGAACACAAAGUACGAGAUUUCAAUCGGUACACCACCACAGAAAUUCACUGUGGUUUUUGAUACAGGAAGCUCUAAUCUGUGGAUACCAUCCUCAAAGUGCUACUAUUAUUGGGCAUGUUAUUAUCAUUCCAAAUACAAUGCCGGUCGAUCAAGAACAUAUAAAGUGAAGGGUUGGGUGUCUGUUGCAACUUUUAUAGAAACAACUUCAUGUUCAAUAGCUGGCAAGUUUAGCCAAGUCAAUGUUUUAGUUUGUGGUUUAACAAUCAAGAAUCAGCUACAAGACUUCCUUGAAGUAACAAAACUGUUCGGCUUUGGGUUUGAGUUUGAGUUUGGGUUUGAGUUUAAGUUUGUGUUUUCCAAGUUUGAUGGUAUUCCGUAUUCUUGGCCUUGGAUUUGA